CUGUUCGUUGCCAAAAUCAAUAUAAAUGUAAGAAUGUUAAGUCGUUGAACACGUUUGAUCUUUUGAUGUGAAACACAAACGAGCGCGCACAACGCCAAUUACCCAAAUCGCGCGUUGCGUAUUGCGGAUAAAGCUUUGAAGACUGGUUACACGGUAGGCAAACAAAUAUAGGGUUUGUCCCAUCAAGUGAAUAGAAUCUACUACUCUACGAUGAAUGACUUUUUCGAUUCAAAGUAUGAAACUGAUCCAGAAGUGGCUUCGUAUCCGUCUACAAUCACAUUCUUUCCUGACAUUUCGGAGUUCGAAGAAGUAGAUGAUGAUCCACCAAUGGUGGAAGAAUCCCCUAGAGCGUCAACUUGGGCUCUUAUGAAAAUUGGGACCUUACAAUCACGAAUAGAAGCAAAUCAAAAGGAGCGAGACUCGCGCUUCUAUGGUGGUUCCAAGGACAACCUCGCUCGAUUUUCUGCACAUCAAGUAUUUGGUCUUGCCAAUGAGGUGUUUGGAUACAACGGAUGGUCAUCGCUGGUCGCUGACUGCGUGCUUGUAUAUGAGAACAUAGACGUAGAAAACUGCAAGUUCAGUGCAAAGUAUGUAGCCACUGUUCGAGUGACCCUAAAGGAUGGGACGUACAAUGAGGAAACAGGAACAGGUGAAGCGCAUAACCUCCCUACGCGAGCUCAAUGUUAUAGUAAAAGUAAGAAAGAGGCAGUAACUGCAGGUAUGAAAAGAGCUAUUAUAGGGUUCCGACUGGUUCUUAUAGACGAAGAAAUACGGCAGCUUCAAGAUCAAUAUUGUACAUAAAAAUAGAAUGGUAGCAAUUGGGUAUAAAAUGGUUGUAAAUUUCAGCCUCAUAAUGUGAGUCUGGUAUGGUUGGCUGCAAUGCCUCUAAAACUCUACACUUAUGUCGUGGUUAACAAUUUCUUUGUAUUUCUCUAUAUAACAU